GACGGCGGGGCCGAUGGCGGAGCCGACGCAGGGCACGGAGCCGCUGUGGCGAACGCCUCCGGGCCGCCUGGCCCCGCCGCACGUCUACCGCAUGGCGGAGGCGUUGGGCGCCGAGCUGCGCCGUCUCUCGGGUCGCUUUGGACCCGACGCCGUGGCCGGAUUGGUGCCGCCGGUCGUUCGGUUGCUGGAGCUGCUGGAGGCGUUGGUGGCACCGGUGGGCUCCGAGGGUGAGGCGCUGCUGUCCGAGCAGCGGGAUGCGGAGGACCUGGAGCAGAGGCUGUGGGAGGCCGAGCGCCGGGAGCGAGCCCUGCGCGGCCGCCUGGCCCAGCUGGAGGAGCAGAACCAGCGGCUCCUGGGGCAGCUGGCGGAGAGCCACCACCAGGAAGGUGGGUGUAUGGUGAGCUCAGGGCGCCCUCCCACCACCGCCAGUGCUGCCUUCUGCAAGCCACGGGCUCCCCAAGACUCCCACAGCACGGUGCGGAAGGAACGGGAGGUGAUGCUGCGGCUGAAGGAGGUGGUGGACAAGCAGAGGGAUGAGCUUCGCGCCCAAGCGCACGAGAUCGUCUGCAAGAGCCAAGAUACGGAGGCGCUGCAGGAGCAGCUGCACCGCUUCAUGUCCAUGAACGAGGAGCUGCGGCACAAAGUGGCCGUGGUGCAGGCGCAGCUCAAGAGCGCCCUGGAGAAGAAAUCGGACCUGGAGGCUGCUGUGCUGCAAACCCAGAGGGAAAUGAGCAGGAGGAGCAGGGCUGCCCCCGAGGCACCGCUGCCGCAGCCCGGCCAGGAAGGAGCGGCACCGUUGCCUGCGGAGGAGCUGCCAUGCCAGGAUGAGGGCAGGAGCCCGGCUCAGUGCUGCUUCUCCAUGGAAGAGCUGCAGCAGAUCCUGCAGGAGCGGAACGAGCUGAAGACCAACCUGUUCCUGGUGCAGGAGGAGUUGGCCUAUUACCAGCGGGAGCUGCUGAAUGAAGAGAGAAUCCCCAGCUUCUUCCUGGACGCGAUGAAGUCGACAAUCAAAAAGCAGAGAAGAAAAAUCAGAGCCAAGAUGCUGGGGACGGCGGAGGAGUCAGCAAGCAGUGAGGAAGAGGAGGGCUCCUGGCUCCCGGCUCGAGGCGCAGACUGCGUGGAUGCUCAGCCUCCAGAAUCCAAAAUCAGGAGCUUCUUUGGGCUAUGGUAUCAGGGCAGCAGCAAAGACCCCCCCGUUCCCAGCUGCUCCGGAGCCUGGGAAAUCAUCGACUCACUGGACACACAGCUGGAACAGGUGGGAGAACACAAACUGGAUCAAGGCACACCGGCACUCUGACCCUUUUGGAUCUGACCAUGGCGUCACCGGGAGCCGCACGGCACAGCGUGGUGCACGGCUGGGAUGCUCAGCUGGCACAGGGCAGCUCGGCACCUCCGGGCACCUUGCCCCAUCCUGCCUGCCCCACGUGGGUGUUUCACAUCACCCCUUCCCAGCAUCUCCCCAUCCCUGCAAUGUGAAGAUGAAGGGCCGCCUGGGUGCUGCCCUGCGUUCCCCGCGCCGGGCUGAGCACGCACUGGUGAGGGCUGGGUGGCCUUUGGGAGCACGUUUUGGAUGCGGGGUGGAUUGGUUUUGUGCUGGGAUUUGUUCCUGCUGCUGGAAACUGGAAAAAUUCAGCAAUCUUCGUGCUUAUGGGGGCGCAGCCAUCCACGUGGAUCAGGUGCUUCCCAGCUCUGGGACUGGAGUGAAAAAUAAACCGGGCUCUCGUUUCUCUGAUGAGGUGCCCACUGCAACCUC